GUUACGCCUUUUUGCUAGGCCUCGCGUUCUGUACUCUCUUCUCACAACACAUUGACUCACAUCUCAAAUCUUCACACACGCACACACAGAGCGAAGAGAGAGCGAGAGAGAGCGAGAGAGAGAGAACCCUAGAGGGAGCAGCCAAAGGAGGAUGCUACAACUAAGAUAAAAUUACUGUGCUUGCUAUAGUGGUUGCAUCUUUGGCCAUUAUAUCAUACUCUUUUUGAAGACAAACAUGGCUGGACUUUUAUCUGGGGAGUCAUCGCAUCAUGGAACUUCUGAUGGUGGGUCUUCAAGAAAUUCUCAGGACAGGCAAGAGGAAUCGGGUCGAUGGUAUAUGUCCAGAAAGGAAAUAGAAGAAAAUUCACCAUCAAGAAGAGAUGGGAUUGACCUGAAGAAAGAAACAUAUUUACGCAAGUCGUACUGCACAUUUUUGCAGGAUUUGGGAAUGAGGCUAAAAGUGCCCCAGGUAACCAUAGCCACAGCAAUAAUAUUUUGUCAUCGGUUUUUUCUUCGCCAAUCACACGCCAAGAAUGACAGAAGGACUAUUGCAACUGUGUGUAUGUUCCUGGCCGGGAAGGUUGAAGAAACUCCUCGUCCACUAAAGGAUGUUAUUCUUGUUUCAUAUGAGAUAAUCCACAAAAAAGAUCCUGCUGCGGCCCAGAGGAUCAAACAGAAGGAAGUAUAUGAGCAACAAAAGGAGCUAAUUUUACUUGGGGAGAGGGUUGUGCUUGCUACUUUAGGUUUUGACCUUAAUGUUCACCACCCAUAUAAGCCCCUUGUUGAAGCUAUAAAGAAAUUCAAGGUUGCUCAGAAUGCCCUUGCUCAGGUUGCUUGGAAUUUUGUGAAUGACGGGCUGAGAACAUCGCUCUGCCUGCAAUUUAAGCCUCAUCACAUUGCGGCAGGUGCCAUUUUCCUUGCUGCCAAGUUCCUCAAAGUGAAGCUUCCAUCGGAUGGUGAGAAGGUCUGGUGGCAAGAAUUUGAUGUCACCCCACGCCAAUUGGAGGAGGUUAGUAAUCAAAUGCUGGAACUCUAUGAGCAAAACAGAGUGCCCCCAUCCCAGGGGAGCGAAGUGGAAGGAAGUGGUGGUGGUGGGUCAAGUCAUCGAACCCCUGGAAAAUCUCAAUCUGUAAAUGAGGAACAAGCUUCAAAGCAAGUAUCAUCUCGUCCAAUGCCUGAUCAUUUAUCUGCUGACCAUCAUGGCAUGCCACCAAGAAGCAUGCAAAAUCAAAAUAAUGAAAAUGGGAGUGCAGAGAUGGGUAGUGUUAUUACUGAUCACAAGGUGGAUGUAGAAUUUAAAGAUAGUCAGCAUCUUGAGCAUUUGCCCCAAAAGGAGAACAUGAGAGAAGUUCCAAUUAGAUCCAAGCCUGGAACAGAGCGAGUUGUGAGUGAAGACCAAGAAAGGAAUAGUGGGAGAAAUGAGACUGCAGAACCAGGAGAGUGGAGGGAUGAUGGUGCCUCACGUAAGUCCAGCAGCAUGGUUGGUCGAAAUCUGGAGCUUCGGGAAGGUCCCCUUGGCCAGUCACCCAAAGAAGCAAUCAAGAUGAUUGACAAGGACAAGGUUAAGGCGGCACUUGAGAAAAGAAGGAAGUCUCGUGGGGAAUUUACACGGAAGAAAGAUGUGAUAGAUGAGGAUGAUCUCAUUGAGAGGGAACUAGAAGAUGGGGUUGAAUUGGCAGCUGAGGAUGAGAAAAACAAGCGUGAUAGAAGGCAAGGCUGGUCGAAAUCUGAGAAUUUAGAUUAUGGCAAGGACCAUUUGGAAAUUGGAGAUGAAAACCACAUGGGCAUAAAAGGGCAAUCAUCAAGGGGACUGGAAGUAGAGAAUGCAGAAGAGGGAGAGAUGUUAGAUGAUACUUCGCCUAUGCCAAAUAGCCGUAAGAGAAAAGGUGGGAGCCCACUGGAUAGACAGUUGGAGGGGAAGAAGCGGCAUGAUUAUGUGCCGGGUUACAACCAUGAUUCUAUAGAAGAUGGACAUAGGAUGAGUCGAGUAGGUUAUCCAGAUAGGGAGCACAGAAGGCAUUCCCAGGAGAAUCAUUUGUGAGUGGUAAGGUGCUGUGUGUAAGUCUUACAUGGUUACUAUGAUCUGAGACAGUCAGAAUGCUGAGUAGACAUUUACAUAUGUUUGAUUUGGAUUAUCAUGUAAGCCAAAUCUGUAUUGUAAAAGAUGGUGAUAGAUGAGGGUAUUUCAACAUGUAUAAUGGCAGGGCCGGUGAGGAAGUAAUUUAUUUAGUCAGCGUCAAGAACUGAUCCCAGAUCCACUCCUCCCUGGUAAAUGCUUUGCAAAUGUGCUACGGAGAAGAGGAAUGUAGCGUUUUUGCCACAUUUUUGGAGAACAUAUUGUUUAUUAGUUCACUUGACCAUAAUUAUAUAAACACCUAUAAUUUAAGUCUCA